AUGCGACCGUGGGUGGUAGUUGUGUCUCCUCUGUUGGUAGUCACACUGCUGCUGUUGCUGCUGUUGCCCACCACAGUGAGUGCGAAAAAGGAGAAGCCGCUCCACUCUCCUUUCCCGAAGGAUGUGAUCGACGCGAUCAGCUGCGAUGUCUGCAGUGUCUUGGUGAAAAAGGCGUACCAUGACGUGGAGGUGCUCUUUGCCGCGAGUGCCGAGACGCGUGUGCGUGUUAGCGAGGACGAUGUGCUGACGGCUAUUGAGGACGUCUGCAACCCCUUCACAGAGCAAGGCCAGUGGAUACGCCGGCUCGCCGUGAACAAUUCCGCUGACGCCGCCCCGCACAGACUCCGCAUGGGGUUGCUUCCGGUUUACACGAAGUGCAAGCGCACCUGCACCACUGUGGUGGAGGCGUGCGAGGCGAUCGUUGACCACGAAACCAUGGAUCAGCUGACGCCCAAGUUGCUGCGCCUAAAGGAGUACGUGAAUGACGAUGCGUUUGCGCAGGCCUUGUGCCACGUAACACCAUUUUGCAGAGACCAGCGCGGUUUGCCGGAGCAGCGGUCUACCGAGCUGCGCGCGAUGAUCGCCGCGGACGUCAUGGAAGAGAUUGAUCCGAAGGAAAUGGAGGUGGAGCGGAUGAUGGACCAGAUGGAACGGAAGGAGAAGCGGCGACACGACAUCUUUACGCGCGACGAGAUCGCCACGAUGCAGGCUGGUCUCCUGAAGGGCGACAAGGAGACAGUGGCGCAGGUAGACCCGGCCAUCAUGGACCUCAACGAUCGGGAGUUCGCGGCGCUGCAGGCGAUGGCGCGGGGCCAGAAGGGGAGCCCCCACGCUGCUGAUCAGCCGCAGAUGAUGGGCGACUUGGUCCAGGACAACGCUGACAGUGUCGAUGAUAAUAUGGACGAAGAGGAAGGGGAUUUGUAG